AUGGAUUACGAGGCGAUGAAAGAUCAAUGGAGCGAUGUCGAGGAUCGCGAUGGCAUCAGGCUUAGCUGGAACACCUUCCCGAGCUCUCGCAUGGAAGCAUCCCGCCUUGUCGUCCCCAUUGCUGCCAUCUAUACGCCACUGAAGGAGAAGCCCGAUACCCCAUUGCUACAAUACGAGCCUGUGACCUGUAAACAGCCCUGCCGAGCUGUCCUCAACCCAUAUGCCACGGUGGAUGUUCGCGCGCGGAUCUGGAUCUGUCCCUUCUGUCUGAUGCGCAACCCUCUUCCCCCGCACUACAAGGACAUCACGGAGAACACAAUACCCCCGGAGCUUCACCCCUCGAGCACGACAAUCGAAUACCAAUUGGCACGCCCGGCCCCGGCUCCACCUAUCUUUGUCUAUGUUGUCGAUACCUGUCAGGAGGAGGACAGCCUCCAGGCCGUCAAGGAUUCCUUGGUGAUGAGCCUGUCCCUUCUGCCGCCGAAUGCGCUGGUGGGCCUGAUCACCUUCGGCACAACAACCCAAGUUCACGAGCUCGGCUAUACCGAGUGUGCCAAGUCGUACGUGUUCCGAGGCAACAAGGACUAUGCCGCCAAGCAGGUGCAGGAGAUGCUCGGCCUUGCUCAGGCCCUGCGCCCCGGUGUCCCCCAGCAACAACCCGCUCGCCCUCCUCUUGGUCCGGCUGCACGCUUCCUUCUGCCGGUUCAGCAGGCCGAGUUCCAGAUCACCAACGUCCUCGAACAGCUGCAGCGUGAUCCCUGGCCUGUAGCCAACGACAAGCGUCCCCUGCGCUGCACGGGUGUUGCGCUGAGCGUUGCUAUUGGUUUGCUGGAGACGUCUUUCCAGAAUGCCGGUGGUCGCAUCAUGGCCUUCACCAGUGGAGCAGCCACCGAAGGGCCCGGCAACGUUGUUUCGCCGGAGCUCAAGGAACCGAUCCGUUCGCACCACGACAUCGAUCGUGAUAAUAUCAAGUACUACAAGAAGGCUGUCAAGUUCUACGACAAUCUCGCCAAGCGGGCUGCGAAUAAUGGCCAUGUCGUCGACAUCUUCGCUGGAUGUCUGGAUCAAGUCGGCAUGCUGGAAAUGAAGAAUCUGUCCAACUACACUGGCGGCCACAUGCUUUUGACGGAUAGCUUCACAUCAUCGCAGUUCAAGCAAUCCUUUGUCCGCGUGUUUGACAAGGAUGACAAUGAUAAUCUGCUGAUGGGCUUCAAUGCCUCUCUCGAAGUCCUGACCACCAAGGAGCUCAAGGUCACUGGGCUCAUCGGUCAUGCCAUCUCGCUAAACAAGAAGUCGAGCUCUGUUGGCGAGACGGAGUGCGGUAUUGGCAACACCUGUGCAUGGAAGAUGUGUGGUAUCGACCCGUCGUCCAGCUACGGUAUUUACUUUGAGAUUGCCAACCAAGGCGGCCCUGCCGCCGUGCAGCCUGGUCCGCAAAAGGGCAUGAUGCAGUUCUUGACAUACUACCAGCACUCAUCUGGGCAUUACCACCUGCGUGUGACUACCACGGCUCGACCCUUAAGCGGACCUGCGGGCGACCCGACUUUGGCCCAGUCGUUCGACCAAGAAGCGGCUGCCGUACUCAUGGCACGUAUUGCUGUUUUCAAGGCCGAGGUGGACGAUGGCCCCGAUGUGCUUCGAUGGGUGGACCGGAUGUUGAUCAGGCUCUGUUCGCGGUUUGCCGACUACCGGAAAGACGACCCUACCUCGUUCCGACUGGAGAAGAAUUUCACCCUCUAUCCCCAGUUCAUGUUCCAUCUCCGCCGCAGCCAGUUCCUGCAGGUGUUCAACAACUCGCCCGAUGAGACCGCGUUCUACAGGCACGUCCUGAACCACGAGGAUGCCGGCGACUCGCUGGUCAUGAUCCAGCCAACUCUGGACUCGUACUCGCUGGAGCAGGAGGGCAGCCAGCCAGUGCUCUUGGAUUCUGCCUCCAUUCAGCCCACGCACAUCCUUCUCCUUGACACUUUCUUCCACAUCCUCAUCUUCCACGGCGAGACCAUUGCCGAAUGGCGAAAAGCCGGCUACCAAGACCAGGAGGGUUACGAGAAUCUCAAGGCGCUUCUUGAGCAGCCCAAGGAGGAUGCAAGGGAACUCAUUGCCGAUCGGUUCCCGCUGCCCCGGUUCAUUGUCUGUGACGCGGGCGGCUCCCAGGCCCGUUUCCUGCUGUCCAAGCUGAAUCCUUCAACCACCCACGCCACUGGCGGCUACGGUGGCGGUGUGUCCUCGCAGACCAUCUUCACGGAUGACGUCUCGCUGCAGACGUUCAUGGAUCACCUGAUGAAGCUUGCCGUUUCCGGAACUAGUUAG